AUGAGAGAAUCCCGCAGAGAACUCGACGAAGAAAGUCCACUCAUCAUUCAAUUGACACGUGACCAUCCCAACAUGGCCGCGAAAAGGACCAAUGUGCUCAUCUACUCUGGACCUUCUACCUCUCUGCCAUCGGUGCGACACGUCACAUGGACUCUGAGGCGCUUGCUUGGACCGAAAUAUGCAAUUCAGACAAUCGCAUCCGACCAGCUUCUCAAAGAACCAUGGCCGUCAACUUGCGCUCUGCUGGUGAUUCCUGGUGGCGCCGACUCUGGCUACUGUCGCAUCCUCAAUGGUGAAGGCAACCGGCGGAUCAAGACUUACGUCAAUAGUGGUGGCAAUUACCUCGGCCUGUGUGCUGGAGGCUACUAUGGGACGUCCAAGUGCGAAUUCGAGCUUGGCCGCAAAGGCUGGGAGGUAGUUGGAGAGCGCGAGCUAGCUUUCUAUCCUGGAACCUGCAGAGGUCUAGCAUUCAAGGGAUUUGUAUAUGGUAGUGAGAAGGGUGCAAGAGCCGUUAAGCUCAAGGUCAAUUCUGCCGCACUCAUUGGCUCGACUGGGAAUUUCAAUUCUUACUACAAUGGCGGCGGAGUCUUCGUAGAUGCAGCUGGCCUCAAAGAUCGUGGCGUACAAGUUCUCGCCACCUACGAAGAAGACUUAGCUGUCGACUCUGGAGAGCCAAAGGCUGCAGUCGUAUUUCGCAAGGUAGGCGAAGGAGCUGCCCUGCUUACCGGUCCACAUCCUGAAUUCGCUGGCAUCAAUCUCAAUCGUGAUGAGACAUCCAAUCCCAAUUACGGAGAGAUCAUCGAUGCACUGCUUGCCACCGACAAGCAGCGUACGGAUUUUCUCAAGGCAUGUCUCAGGAAAUUUGGGCUCGAGACUAGCGAGGAACCUCAAGCGGUACCUUCCCUUUCUCAUUUACAUUUGUCUUCUGCACAACCCGGUGAAGUUGCAGAUAUGCUGCAGAGAUGGCGACAAGCAGGCAUCCUGGCGGGAGAGACAGGUUGCUAUGUCAUCAAUGGCGAGAACGAUACUUUCAAAGUCAAGAUCGAAGGCCGAUGGGACUUUGAUGACUUGAAAGAGGCUGUCACCGAGCGGAACAUUCAAGCUGAUCAUGACUCUGCGGACAGAAUCCUCGACUAUAGCGCGAUUACCAAGACGCUGAUACCGCAUACACAGUCGGUACCCACGGCGAAGGCUACAUCGCAUUUCCAACACGCUGCUUUCUACAGCCACCUAGCACAUUUCCAAGCCAAGCAGCCUGGACUUUCUGGUGACUAUGGCCGAGUAAUUCUCUACGGCGAAGUGGUCACUUCUACGCAGACGAUACUUGAGAAGAACACCACACUACUAGCCAACCUACCGAUCGGCACCACGUGUACAGCCACUACUCAAGUCUCUGGUCGUGGUCGUGGUACCAAUGUGUGGGUCUCGCCGCCUGGUCAGCUCAUCUUUAGCACCGUGCUGAAGCAUAGUCUAUCGCUAUCAAGCUCAGCUCCUGUUGUCUUCGUGCAGUACCUUGCUGCACUUGCAGUCGUCGCAGGGAUCCAGAACUAUGACAGAGGUUACGACAAGUUGCCGAUCAAGCUGAAGUGGCCAAACGACAUCUAUGCCCUGGAUCCUGCGAAGGUAGGAGCAAAAGUUAACGACAUCCAAUCUUAUGUCAAGAUCGGCGGCAUCUUGGUCAACAGUUCCUAUAGCGGAGGCGACUACACGUUGAUCCUCGGCAUUGGCCUCAACUUAGCCAAUGCCGCGCCCACGACCUCGAUCAAUCAACUCGCGAAGAAAGCUGGCCUGAAAGAAUUACAGCAAGAAAAACUGCUGGCCGCUAUCUUGGUCAAUUUCGAGUCCCUCUAUGCCCGUUUCUGCCGUUCUGGAUUCUCAAAGCAGUUUGAAGAUCUCUAUUAUCAAAACUGGCUGCACACCGAUCAAGUGGUUACGCUAGAGACCGAAGGUGGCGCGAAAGCCAAAAUCAAAGGCAUUACCACUGACUGGGGUCUUCUUGUCGCCGAAGGCGUGGAUAUUGACGGCAGGCUGAGUGGCAAGAGAUUCGAAUUGCAAAGCGAUAGCAACUCUUUUGACUUCUUGAAAGGUCUCCUGAAGAAGAAAGUCUGA